AUGCACCGGUCCAUUCCAGACGAGAUUAUUCAAAUUAUCCUCAACUCUCUCGACGAUCCCACCAGCUUCAGCCUCGUUUCAAGACGGUACUAUGCCAUCAGCCGGGACCCAUAUGUCCGGUCUUCGUACUUCCUUGCUCGUCAUGGCAGGACAUAUGCGCUGUACUAUGCUAUGGGGCGGGGGAAGCUUUUGAACGAGAAGGUUAUUGACAUCAUGAUCUCUAGUGGGGCGCAUUUAUCGCGCUACCUCGCCCAGUGUGCGAUCCAUCAUUAUUUCCGCGCACAAGUGCACUUCAUUAAGACCCGAUGGGUCCGAAGUGUCCCCCUUCCUGUCUUCACCCACUUUAUGACGGUCGCCGCCCGCAUGUAUGGUGAUAUUCCGACUGGGAAGGGGGAUGACGACGGGGCCAUCUUCAGCGCAUUGUUGAAGACAAGCCGGUUACCGACCGAGUCCAGGGGAAAGUGGGAGACCCUCAAGGAGGUGGUCGAGAAAUAUAAGUUCAUCCCCUUCUGCGGAAAGGAUCCCAUGAAGGCACAGUUUCCUCUGGUUUUGGCUGUUGAACCUCGUCUACUGCCGUACGCACGCGCUAACGGCUUCGUCAUGGAUCAUACGUUCCGCAAUUUCAUGUUCCGUAAAAUGUUCGAAAAACCUGCCGUGCAAUUUGAUGGCCGCGUGGGCGAGGUGGUGAACAACGUUCACAAAUUGACGAGUCUGGAUCCCAAUAUGUUUGUAACCCGGACUGUAGCAGCAGAAGUGUGUAUGGAAGCGCACCUUAAUGAGCCGGGGUACACGGCGCUCAAGGUCCUAGACAAGGAGGGAGCGCUGAAGUUUAGCUUAGCAUCUGUUGUGGAAGAACUACUCAAGCUGUUCGUAAAUACCCGCUCCAUCGCCAUGUCCAACACACAACCUGUCCUGCGGAAACUUCACUCGGAUUUCCCCUCGGACGACUCGACAGUCCGGGUGGUCAUGCUAUGCAGCGUGUUCUUUGCCGACACUAGCCCUAUCCCCGUCAGUCUGAAUGUCAGGUCGACGUUCUGUGCGCCCCUACGCGAGUACAUCGACAGUUGCAAGGAGAAGACCGAGGAGCUCGGACUUGCUCCUGUCACGCGGAAAGAUCUCUUCGACAUGCUCGUGAACAAGUUCACGCCCGACAGGUUUGUUGGGAUACUUGAGUACGGGCACGAGAUCGUGGGCCUCAGCGCGGAGGAGAUGAAGAAACUCAAGCAGGACGUCGCCCUAGCGUGUCUGGAGGUUGGGUGUAAAGGGAAGAUGCUGAAGAAGCUCGUGGAGGCGGAUCUCGCGCUGCAGGACGCCAUCGCCGCGCAUGUGGUGCAGAACCUGCGACUGAACCUCGACAGCCUCCCCCCUCCCGAGAACGAGGAGGCGUGCCAGCAGUUCGAAGCGAAACUUUGCAGGGAUUUCGUCAUCAGCCGACGGUAUCUUCACACUACCGCCCCAGCCGAUAUCCGGAGAAGGGCGGGUGCCGCCGAUGCAGACCAACUCCAUCAACCUGAAGGCAACCUUCCUGUCCCAGGGGAUGUGGAUCAGGUGAUGGGCGGUGUGGACGGGCCCAAUAAUGCAGACGCCAUCGAAAGCGACGACGAGGAUGAUGACGUCGACAUGGAGGGCGACGCAGAGGAGCUCGGCCAAAUUGGUCAAGACACGCUUACCGCAAUGAUUAGGAAGGAUGAGAUCUCUCCUGUCCGCCGGAGGAGGUUCUACGACAUGUUUGCAACAUACGCUGACCACAUGGGCAAGUUGACAUAUCCGUCAGACUACGUACAAGUUGGCCGAUGGAUCCACAACGAGUUCGGGGCACGUCAUCCUGUGACUGCGAUAUUUAUGCUUCAUGCUGUUGUCAAUGAAAAUGCACAUAUUUUACAGAACAGCCUGUUCAGUGAUAGCAACAACGUCUCUGGACGCAUCCCGGUCACUCUCAAGCACUUCAAGUUGCUCGCAAGGCUGGGGCGGCCUCCCAAUCUCGCGUUGAUUGAUGAUAUCGAGGCUGGCAUCGAAUUUUACUUCGACGAGGACGAUUACCUGUCUGCUGAAGACAGCAAUGGUGUGGCAGGCGGUAGCGGUUCUCGCACGCGUACUCGCAAAGUGAAAGUCGAGACAGACGGCACGCCUAGACCAGCCAGCUCGCUUCCCGCUUCGCCCGAAGCCUCGGGUAGUAGGGGGAAGGGUACUCGCGGCCGGAAGAGACCACGGCGUAGCACGACUAUGGUGAAGUCGUACGCUAUUCCUGACAGCGAUGACGAAAACAUCGCUGAGGAAGAGCGUGGUGUCAUCGAGAGCGACUUUGCAAAGAAGAGGCGUUGUGAGACCAACUUGCAGCAGUGGAUCAAGCAUCUCAGUGCUCUGCUCAAGGAAGAACAGAGGAAGAAGAAACGUGAGCAGGCCGCGGCUGAGCCCGGCGCCAAGAUCCGUGUGCCCAAGAGCGAGUUCUUCAAGUCCUUGGGAACAAAUCUUAACCGUCUUCGCAAGGCAGACAGAGAGAAGCGACAGCAACUGUAUGGCACAGAUGUACCCAGUGAAGACUACAGUGAAGGAGAGGAAGACGAGUACCAGUACCGGACUACGAGAUCGAAGCGAUACAAGGUCGAACAUGUCUGA